AGUGCAGCGCAGAGGCCGAGGGCGAUCAAUACCGGUACCUAUGUGGUGGACGUGGACGUGGCCGCUAUCAGCUAUCGUAACUUGUGAAGUGUAACCGAAGACGAAGUCCCUUCUCUUAGUCAAUACAGGUGGUCUAAUUUAUCCCUAAAAGCAUAAAAAUGUCUUUGAAUUUGAAGCUCUUACCAGUUGGGACGGAUCAAACAUCACUUUGCUUUGAUCAGGAUAUAUUUUUGAGGGGCGACUUUGAUGUGGAUAGCUUUGUGGCAGAAUGCAGGCAUCAUGUCCAGUUGGAAACCUUGCGAGAGGAUCUUCACAUCUACUUCAAGACCCUCAAGAAUGCCAUGGUGGAACUCAUCAAUAAGGACUAUGCUGACUUUGUCAAUCUCUCAUCGAACCUGGUUGGAAUGGACAAGGCCAUUGGCAAUCUCUCAGUUCCUCUUGGUCAACUCAGAGAAGAAGUUAUGAGUGUUAGAUGUGCCAUCGAUGAAGCCAUUCAAGACGUUGAAGAGAAAAUGGCUACCAGAAAUAGAACUCGUCAGAAGAAGGCAUGCUUGCAAAGGUUGAUGAACAUAGUGAAGUCUGUGGAGAAGAUGGAGGGUAUUCUAAGGAUUACAGAAGACAGUGAACCACAGGACAACACAAGCAUUGAACUUACUGGCCAGCAAAUUGAGAGAGUGGCAUCGGAAUUUAACCAGCUACAGUACUACGUAACUCAGAGCAAAGGACUCCCUCUAGUGGAGAAAAUUAGACCUAGGAUAGCUGCCAUUACCGUGACCCUCCAGCACAGUCUUGAGAAGUCUUUCAGGGAGGGCUUGGGAGCUGGGGACACCAAUGUCCUAUGUCAGUGCCUGAGAACAUAUGCCACCAUAGAUAAGAUGAGGGAUGCUGAGGCCCUCUUUAGACAGAUUGCUGUCAAACCGUACUUAGACGAGAUCAUCAGUGAGAGUUUCCUUCACAACCAUCCUCAGGGUCUGAAAGGCAUGUACUCCAGAAUCCUAGACUUCAUUCCCAAGCACUGUGACCUCAUCCGUGAGGUCACAUCACCAAGUCAAAGUGCCAGUGGACAGGAGAUAGUGAGAGGCUAUGACUUCCCAGUCAAUGCUGCAUGGCCUGAGAUAGCCAGCAGUCUAGAGGCCAGGACGCCGUCCAUCUUUGCCCCCGGCAACCCUGAUGUAUUCCACCAGAAAUUCCUACUGACUCAAGACUUUGUGGAUGGGUUUGAGCGGCAGUGCGGCUCCCAGGCCAGCGUGAAGCGUCUCAGGUCCCAUCCUACCUACAGUGCUUUCAUGACCAAGUGGAGUCUGCCUGUCUACUUCCAAUUAAGGUUUCAAGAGAUAGCAGGGCAGUUUGAGGCAGCACUGAUGUCUCCUUUCAGCAUUGCACCAGAUGGGUCUAAGUAUCAGCUGUCUGCCAGCCAGGUCUUGUGGGAGUGUCUACAGAGAUGUUGGCAUGACAACGUCUUCCUGACCCCGCUGUGUCAUCGCUUUUGGAAGCUGACCCUUCAGCUCCUCUCUAGAUACGCCGUCUGGGUGGAUGAGGUUUAUAACACCGAGAUCACAGAGGAAGGCAGGAAAGCAGCCGAAGAGAAAAGGCAGCUGCAGGCAGUAGCCAAAAUGGAGCUCAAGGCCGAUGGGGAGGGAGGAGAACGUUUAACACCAUCACCCAUCCCAUCAGGUCCUCCUCCGGUCACCUUGCCACAACUGGUCAAGAUGGUAGCCGAUAUUGAUGCCAUCAUAGCUGGGCUUCCAAAAGUUUUUCAGGAACACGUCAAGCCAAAGCUCUUAUUAGUCAACUGUACAGAGUUCACUGCAUUGGAAGAAGCCAUGGAAGACAGUGUCACAGCCAUUCAGACUCGCUUGGAAGCCACCAGCGUGCAUGUGACCCAGGGGGUGGGGUCCCUCUGUGUGGUACAUCUGAAAGGAGCCAAUGAUAUCCCAAGGCUCUACAGGAGGACCAACAGAGAGGUUCCCAGCAAGCCAUCAAGCUAUGUGAGCAGCACUCUGAAGCCUCUGCAGACAUUCGUUGAAGACCACCGAGCCAUCCUAUCAGACAGCAGGAGACAGGAAUGGACUCUAGCCGUCAUUUCAAACAUCACAAAAGAGUAUCUAGCCAUCAGCACAGAACUCCUGACCUCGGUCAAGAAGAUGGAGGACAGUCUGAAGCGGCUCAAGGCUCUCAAGAAGACCGGUGCUGCAGCAGGGUCGACACCCUACCAAGGCAUGUCGGACGAUGAUAAGAUCAGGUUACAGCUAGCUCUGGAUGUCAGGUUCUUUGCUCAACAGAUUGAUGCUUUUGGCUUGGUCAGCAUAGAGAUCUCAGUUUUCCAGGAACUCAGUACUUUGGUCGAAGCCACAGUAAAUCAGUCAGCAUCAAGUUGAACUGUUGCGUUCUAAUAUUUAUAAAUUAAAAUCUUUGUUAUGUAUUCAAGGCAUGGUUUGUUAAUCUCUGUCAUUUUGUUUGUGAAAAUUGGAACGCGAAAAUAGAUGGAAGGCUUUAUGAUUUAAUUUUAGUUAAAGCACAUAUUUGCAAAAACAGGAAGUAACAUAAUCAUAUUUACUUCAUAUAUGAAUGAGACAGAUGUUUGUAAGCUAUGGAAUGAGUAAGGGCUGAAGAGUUAGAGAAUGCAUUAACCUUGAGAACAUUUUUAAACCGAAAAACAGCCCUCUCCACCUUAUUUCACAUACAGAAACUUUUUAUUAGAAAAUAUGAAUUAAUGACAUGAAAAAAGAAAAUUGUCAUAUAUCAUGAUACUUUUUCUAAAAUUUCUUAAAACUGACUUUUCCUGUUGUUUACUUUCACAUUCUUUGAAUACCGAACAAAAAAGGGGAUAUUUGAUCGUUUUUUUAAAGUAGAAUCUUUGUUACUUAACAUUUCUCUUCUGAAAGGAAUGUUUUUUUAGUUUCCUAAAAGCAAGAGAGAAGCAGAGAGCAAAAAGAUGCAGACAGACCAAAAGAAUGACAAGUAUCAAAUAAAUCCCUUGAAAUAUUGUGAAUUCAAGUUCUAGUUAUGUCCACACUGGGUAGAUGACUACUACGUUCAACAUAAACAUGUUUGACACUAAGCCAAAGGCAACUCUAAAUGAAAAACACAAAAACCCUGUUUCGAAUUAAGAAAAAAAUUGAAAUACCUUUUCUAUCAUCCUUUUUUCAACAAUGUCAAAUUCAGGUUUCGUUGUUUUUUAUUUAUUGCAAAUAUAUAUAUUAUAUGUAGGUUAAACAGCUAUCGAUAAAAUUGAUAGAACUGUCUUUUUCAAAGUGAAGUAGUGCCACUCUCAAAUCUCAAUCUUGUAUUUGUUUUUGUUUUGCUACUGUACUGUCAAAGAUACCGUAAGCUUGAGUUCUGGUGAUGAUAGAAACAAAAUUCCCACAGAAUCCAACAAACUUUCACCGAAUGUUCAAGAUUACAAAUAAAGGACAUGUGCCAAACGAUUUUGGUAGAAAAUGUAGAGGCUGAGUAAUGAGCAUAAAAAGAAAAGGAAAUCAACGUAUUGUAGGCCUGACACCAUGUGCUUAACUGAUGUCACUUUUUGUAAAUGAGAGUUGUAGUUUUAUUGAAGAUGAGUUCCAGCAAGUUUUUGUAAGGUUAUUUUUGUUUUUGUUUUUAUUUUACCGGCUCAAACAAUCAAUCUCCUGCAGGACAAACAAUCCAGAAUUAGUUAUAGCCAUGUUCUCUCUACAUAUGAUGGCCAUACCAGAGCUCAAGAUUAGCUUUAAGCUAAAAUAUCCUUUUAAAAUAAAAAAAAUAUUUUAAAUCUGAACCAAAUGUUCUUCCAUUUCAUACGUGAAUGAAGUAAAGAAAACUAAUUGCAUGUGAUCUGUUUUCUGACCCAGCAAAUGGAAAAUGAAGUGAAAAUCUGAAUCUGUUUGUUCUCUGUAUUAUUUUAUGUUGAUACAUGUUACUUGAAUCAUUGAUAUCGAUAUUGAGACAUGUAGAGGUAUAUCAGUUUAUUUUCUUUACAGUGUAUAUUUGCUAUAUAUGUAAAAUACCAAACAUUUACAUGGCCAUAUCAGAAACAUUUUCCAAAGCCAUAUCAAGGCAAUACUUUUAUACUUGUAGCUGUAUAGUUAUUAUUGCAAUUUUGUUACUUUAAAUAAUGCUGAUUUAGUGUAUUUGUAUCAGAGAUUUCCAGAUAGGUAGUGCAAUUUUCUUUUCUUUUAGCUUUGAAGAGAUAUUCAAAGAUGUUUUCAUUUUUUCCUUUAUUAAACAAAGCCAUUCUUAUGACAGUUCAAACAGCAUUCAAACAUUGUAUUUUAGAUCAAGUAUCAAUAAAAAAAAAUAUUUAAAGAAAGAAAUCAUACAAUUAUCACUGAAUUCAACUAUGGUUGUAAAGAUUUUAUUUCCAUAAUGCUAUGACAUGAAUUCAUAGAUAAUAAGAAUGAUAAUAAAUGUAUAUGUACAUGAAAUAAAUAUAAUACAUCUUGUAAAAAUACUAUAUUAUUUGACAAUAAAUACACUUGUAUCAAGUCUAUCAUAA